UCUCAAGUCCCGUGAACGACUGAGCAAGACUACUGGGCAAAUGGCAGAAACUACGGAGCUUGCAAUGCGAUCUAGUCGGCUGGUAUGCCGAGCAGCCAGAGAGGAACCCCUACCGACUGUGCCCAGAGUUGCAUGGGACACUGUGUGCAGUACCGUACACGCACGCUUAACGGCCGAGCACGGAUAGCCUUGCCCAUUAGUCCAUUGCGCUGGCAAUGCUCGAGAGCUCUGGGAGCCAUGGGAGCUAUAUUGCCGGUGACGGCAAGGCCACAUAAUCCUUUGCUGGUGGCGAGGAGAAAAGCUCGAGAAGCCGCUGAAAGUUCAGGACUACUACUUCUCAACCUGUCAUGUUAUCGGAUUCGAGAAACACAUGUGUGGCGUCCGGCCGCUUAUCAAAAUUUUACGGAGCACUUCCUAGGCGGCCAGCCACGAGCCAGGCAGGACCCCGCCACCAGCCCGUGGGCCGGAGUGCCGUUUUGGGUCCCUCGAGUCGUGUUGCCAUACCCUUUUCGCUUCCUUGACGCCCAAACUAGUGUUGCCAGGGGGUCGGAGGGCUCAAGAGGGGCGAGAGUUCAUGUAGUUCAUGAGGGAGCAAUGCCGAUGACCCCCAGGUGCCCUCUUGCCGGUGUUGUAAAAUGUACGGAAUACACCCAGGUGUGUAUACCACAGUUAUCACGCACGGAGAAACUUCCCAAGUACCUUUCACAACAAAUAUCAAUCGCCGAUCUUUAACCGCAACCUCAUCAACUUUAUAAUGAUGAAUAAUAUCUGACGCCACCAUUAUUUCCCCAUUAAGCCAUCUCCGAAGGACGUUGCGUAGUCCUGUAUGUAACCGCAA